AUGGCAAAUCGCCGAGCUUCUGUCCGCGUCGCCACAACCGCGCUUCCGUCACUCCGACGUUCCCCUCCCUUCCUGCUUCUCCCUUUUCCCCCUCUCCUCGCCCUGCUCCUCCUCCUCGUAACCUCCCCGCCUUCCCUCGCGGACGACCUCCCCUGCUUCUUACGCCGCUCGUUCUGCUCUCGCGCGCGCCGCACUCCCGCUCCGCCGUCGGGCCCGCCGCCCGAACUGGCGGGAUGCAAGGUGUUCCCCGCGAGCAACGUGUGGAACAUGCGCGUCGACAAGCUACCCGUGCACGCCAUGUCUAAGGCGUACCUCGCUUCUAUUGGACUCGACGCGCACGUGCACGCGGAUUUCGGCUCAGGCCUGUGGGACGGCAACCCCAUCGUCAUUCCCGUGAACCUCGGCAACCCCAUUGGCAUUCCCGUGAACCUCGUGACCAGUUCCACACCCACCACCUCGCCUACGUUCUACUACCCGGAUGAAAGCGACCCCGGGCCGUACCCCAUACCAGCUUCCCCGUUAGUGGAAGGCGGGUCGGACCACCACGUGAUGCUGGUGGACACGGACCGGUGCAUGCUGUACGAGAUCUACGACUACUCGCAGCUCAACUCCCAAGUGUCAGCAGGGAGUGGCGCCAUAUGGAACCUGACAUCCAACAAGCUCCGGCCAGCGGGUUGGACCUCCGCUGAUGCUGCCGGCCUGCCGUCCUUUGACACGUCCAAGUUCCCCCCUCAAGCCCGUGUUGUCCUGAAAGCACUCCAGACGUAUGGCAUGAUGCUAGCAGACAAUGGCUCACCGUGGUACAUCACUGGUGUACCCAACGAAGAAUGGGAUAAUGAUGACCUGCAUUCGCUCCAUGGUGUGCACGGGAAGAACUUUGAGGUCGUGGAUAUGUCUCAAGCUGCCGGGCGUGCUGCUGCGAUGAAGUCCGACAGGCUGGACGACCUAAAGUGCUCGUCGCGUGCUGCUGUUUCCUCGUCUGCAGGAGCAGCUCCAACAGCUUCUGCAGCAGCAGCAGCAGCAGCAGCAGCAGUAGCUAUGCCCGUGUCUCCCGGGGGCACUCUUGCCCCCGCCGCCAUAGUUCGGCUUCGCAGCGCCGCUGCGACCUUCCAGAAGCUUCCUCUCGGCUUCCUUCCCCCCGGCGGACCAGGCGCCGCGGUUGUCUCUGCGGCGACCCGUUUCAUCGCCCGCUUCAGCAAGCGGGACGGGCAUAAGAAGGUCCGGAAAACCCGGAAGGCGACCAGGAAAGCGCGUGUGGGCGGAGACGGCACUGUUGAGGGGGAAGAUGAUGCGGAGGAGGAGGAGGCGGAGGAGGCAGAGGAAGAGUCGACCCGGUUCAGUGCGGUUGGCCGGCACGCCGGCUUUGCGCAAGGACAAGGAGCUGCUCUUUCUUUAUCCCCGUCUGGAUUAGGAGCAGGAUUAGGAGGAGCGAUAGGCGCAGGGGCAGGGGCAGGGGCAGGGGCAGGAGCAGGAGCAGGAGCAGGAGCAGGAGUAGCCAUGGCGAACCUUUUCGUGAAUCUCCAUCCUCGUCUGCUUCUCGCGUGCCGAUCCAAGCUGCUCGAUAUAGGAACGCGCCUGUUCGCGCCCUCCUCCUCCCCCUCGACCCCGCUCUCUAUAAUCACCCUCCGCUCCGCACUCCCGACUCCGGCGGGGCCCUCCGGGCCGCGCCCCUUCCGCGGGGCAGCGGGGCUGCGCCCGCACGGGCCUGGCGGAAGCACCCACGCGCAUGGCGGAAGCGGAGGUGGUUACCACCAGCACCCCCGCGGCCCUUCGUCCGCUCGGUCCGGCACGCCUCGAGCCUCGGGAACAGGAGGCUUGGAAGCUGCUUUGGACGAUGAGAGGCUGGGUAGGUCUGGGGGUAACAGUAUUGUGCGAAUGGGAGGAGCCAUGUCUCAUUCUCGCCAGAACCAUCACAGCUCUGCCCAAUCCUUCCACCAUCAGCGUCAUCAGAACCAGCAGCACCAUCAGCAGCAGCACUAUCACCACCAGCACCAUGCUUCUGCGCGCUUGUCGGGAGCUCGCGCUGCCGCGCUGGUCGUUCCGCCGGCCACAGGCGGGCUUGCUUCCGCCGGCUCCGCGUCUGGCGCAGCAGCGGCUGCGGCUGCCGCCGCCGCCGCUUCCGCCGGAUUCGGUUCUUCCGGAGGCUCCGCGCACGGCCCGUUCCGCGGGGGAAGCCGCGCGUUUGGGGGAGUCGGCAGUGCGGGGGACUUGGGGGGGCGCGCGGGGCCUGCGGGUAGAAUCUCUGGCGCGGGUGCAGGCGCAGCUAGCGCAGGCGCAGCUGGCGCAGGCGCUAACUGGUCUAGAGCAGGGGGCGGUGAGUUGAGGCGAGGAAAAGGAGGGAAAGGGGGAGGAGGCGGAGUGAUGACCACGGCGGCUGUGGCGGCAUCAACGGCAGCGGCCUCAGCGACGGCAGCAGUAGUGGGAGUGGGGAAGGCAGCAGGAAGGAUCAGUGGCGGUACGGCGCUGGCUGCUAGCGCGACGAACGCGGCGGCAGCGGCGGCUGCCGCGGAGGCUGCGGCAGCAGCCGUGGCAGCGUCUGCGCGGAGUUUUGCUGAGGCCAGCGUGCCCCUGGCCAUUGGCGCUUUGGGCGGGGACUUCAGCAGGAGGAGGCCUGCGCGCACAGUGUCCAAGUUCCACCAUGGGCGAGUGGGCCCACACUCGGGCAACCACAGCGCCGCUGCUGAGGCCGUGGAGAGUCCGCGGGUGAAGCGGGGAGGGCGGGGAGGGGCGGGGGACUGGGCGAAGCUGGUGAGCACCACGAUUGCAGUGCUGGGCCGCCAUGGCCAGGUGGACGCCGCUCGCCGCGUCUUUGACCGCGCCCGCGCCUUUGGUGUGCCGCCCAACGUCUACGCCUUCUCUGCGCUCAUCAGUGCCUAUGGGCGCAGUGGGCGCAGCACGGAUGCGCUGGCGCUGCUGCGCAGCAUGAGGGACGCAGGGUGCCGCCCCAACCUGGUCACGUACAACGCCGCCAUUGACGCGUGCGCCAAGGCGGGCGGCGCUGCUGGCGCGGGCGAGGCGGAGGUGGCGCGCGCAUGGGCGCUGGUGCACGAGAUGAAGGAGCUGGGCAUCGCACCUGACCGGAUCACGUACAACUCACUCAUGGCGGUGUGCAGCAGGGCAGGCCAGUGGCAGGAGGCGCUACGGGCGUCCCAGAUGGACGCUGCUGCCGCUGCCUUUGCCUCCAUGGCCCAGUCUGAUGUCACGCCUAAUGUGGUGACGUUCAGCACGAUGAUAGACGGGUAUCGCAAGGUGAACGACCUGUCCAGUGCCAUCAACGUGUUCCACACCAUGCAGCAUGCGGGGGUGCGCCCUGACAGGGUGACCUACAACACACUCUUAGACAUAUACGGCAAGGCAGGCAGGCUGAAUGAAGCCAUAGCGGUGGCGCGUGAGAUGGAGGCGGCGGGGUGGCGGCUGGACGUGGUGGCGCACAACGCGCUGCUGGACGCGUACGGCAAGGCGGGGCGCUGCGACGAGGUGAUGCGGCUCUUCCACGCCAUGAAGCGCCAGGGCCUCACGCCCAACGUGCUCACGCUGUCGGCGGUUGUGACUGCGCUGUCCCGCGCGGGCCGGCACCAGGAGGCGGCAGCGCUGUUCCAGCAGUACCGCGACAUGGGGCUGCAGGUGGACGUGGUGGUGUACAGUGCGAUCAUAGAUGCGCAUGGCAAGCAGGGCAAGGUGGAGGAGGCCAUGAGUGUGUUUCGCCAGAUGCUGCACGACGGUGUACAGCCCAACGUGGUCACGUACAAUUCGCUCAUUGACGCCCUCGGCCGCUCCACCCAGGUGACGGCAUCUUCACAGCCAAGCGAGGCACGGGGCAAGGGUGGCAAGAGGAGGGAGGAGGUCAGGGGGGCAAAGACACAUGAGCAGAAUGCAGAGGACGCGGAGGCUGCGGAGGAGGAAGAGGAGGAAGGGAGGAGGGAGGUGCGAUUGGAGGCAGCACUGCGCAUGUUCCGAGAGAUGAAGGCAGCGGGUGUUCGCCCCAACGUCGUCACCUUCUCUGCCAUGCUCUCCACCUGCAGCCGUCUGUCCAACUGGCGAGAUGCGGCCCUGCUUCUUCGCGAGAUGGGGACCACGUUUGAAGCCGCUGCCGUCCCCGCCUCCACUGCCACCACCACCACCACGACUACUGCUGCCGCUGCCGCUGCCACGGCUGCUGCAAGUGCUUUUGGCGGGGCUGCAAGCAGCAGUGAGGCGAGUGCAGGGGUGUACGUGCUUGCGGAGGCUAUGCUGCAUGGGUGCGUGCACGCGGAUGGUGGGGAGAGCGUGGAGGACGAGCGAGAGAAGGAGAGUGUACAGGCGAGGGAAGAGGCGCAGAACAGCAAGAUUUCGAGCAGCAGCAGCAGCGUCAGUAGUAGCAGCAGCAGUGGUGGUGGUGGCGGGGAGCUGGUGAAGGGAGUGCGGGUGCUGUCACGGGGCAAGGUGGGCCAGCUGUUUGCGGCGGUGGCAGCACUGGACUCCUCCACCUCCAUCGCCUUCUUCAACGCUCUCAACGACCUGCUCUGGCGAUUCAACCAGAGGGCGCAAGCGGUGAGGGUGACGCGGGGGGCGAGGCGAGUGGGGGUGUACGAGGGGGCGGUGUGGAGCAAGGCGGAGGCGCAGGAGUGGGUGUUGGACCUGCACCUCAUGUCCGUCGGUGCCGCCAUGGCCAUGCUCCACCUCUGGCUGCUCGACCUACAGCAGCUUGUGCUCUCCUCCCACCCUGGAUCCACCUCUGCUACUACCACCAGUGCCAACAAUGCCGCCAGCAGCAGUAGCAGCAGCAGUGCCGGUGCCGGUGCCGGUGCUGGUGGUGGUAACAGCACCAACCCGUUACCGCGGCUUCUUAAUGUGCUGACAGGGUGGGGGCGGCACAGCAAGGUGGUGGGAACAAGUGUGAUCAAGGCACAGGUGGAGGCGUGCCUGUCUGCACUCGCCUCGCCCUUCCGCUCCUCUGCAUCCAACGGGGGCCGUCUCAGCGCCUCCGGCCCUGCUGUGGCGCGCUGGCUGGUGGCUCUGGCUGAGAGAGGCACGGGUAACCCACUGGUGCUGCAGGAUGAGAGGGGGCUGCAAGGGGCUUGGGUGUGA